CGUUUUCUCUCCUUCCUGGUUCACAGUCAGACAGAUUUACUUCAGUAGAAUUCACAUACAAGUUUAUCAUUUACAGAGUAAGGCAUUUUUGUCACAUGGAGGGAGAAACAGACAAUUUUCAGUAUAAAAUGAAGCUGCAAGAUCUGCUUUGUUUUUCUUAUUUUGAGAAACUUUGUGCAAACCCUUCUGACUAUGGUUAUGGAGGCACAAUCGGAGAAAUGAGGAAAAAGGAGUUUAGCAGGAUUGAAGGUGUGACGUACCUGGAUCACUUAGGCACAGCACUUUUUCCUGAAAGUCUUCUUCAAAAAUUCAUGGCUGAUUUGUCUGGAAAUGUUUACGGCAAUCCUCAUAGCAGCAAUUUAAGCAGCAGAUUAACACAUGACACAAUUGAACAUGUUCGAUACAGGGUAUUACAACAUUUUAAUGCAUCUCCUGAAGACUACACUGUGAUCUUUACAUCAGGAAGCACUGCAGCUCUCAAACUAGUGGCAGAGAAUUUCCCUUGGACACCUAGAUGUUCGGACAGUUCGGGAAGCUACUUCUGUUACCUGACAGAUAAUCACACCUCAGUGGUUGGAAUUAGAGGGAUGUUAAAUGUACCAUCUCUUGCUGUAACUCCAGAAGAUCUAUUAUUGUCAAAGAGCCAAAAAGCAUUUCAACAUCAAAACCACAGCAUCUCACAUCUAUUCUGUUAUCCUGCCCUAAGCAAUUUUUCAGGCACCAAAUAUCCUCUCUCGUGGAUAGGACUGAUCAAAUCAGGGAAAAUGUCCCCCACAAAAGUUCCAGGCAAUUGGUUUGUGUUGCUGGAUGCUGCUUCAUUUGUCAGCACAGCACCAUUAGAUUUGUCAGCUUGUCAACCAGAUUUUGUUAACAUUUCAUUCUAUAAAAUCUUUGGAUUUCCAACCGGCUUGGGUGCCCUGAUUGUUUCUAACCGAAUUGCCCAUCUUCUCAGAAAAAAAUAUUUUGGUGGAGGGACAGCAGCAGCCUACCUCACAAAAGAAGAUUUCUUUGUUCCUAAAGAAUCCAUAAGUGACAGAUUUGAAGAUGGGACUGUGUCAUUCUUGGAUAUAAUUGCACUGAAACAUGGAUUUGAUGCUUUACAAAAGCUCACUGGUGGAAUGGAUAAUAUUAGAAACCAUACCCAUACUCUGGCCAGUUAUACAUACUUGGUUAUGUCUGCUCUGUGCUAUGCUAAUGGAAAGCCGGUAAUAAGAAUCUACACUGACACAGAGGAUAGAACUGUCGAUGUGCAAGGUCCAGUUAUUAAUUUUAAUGUUCUGGAUGAAAAUGGAAGCAUAAUCGGUUACACUCAGGUUGACAAGAUGGCUAGCCUAUAUAAUAUCCACUUUCGCUCUGGCUGUUUUUGCAAUUCUGGAGCCUGCCAGAAGCACUUGGAAAUUACCAGUAGAGAAGUGAAAAAUAACUUACAGGCUGGACACAUCUGUGGAGACAAUAUGGAUAUAAUUGAUGGGCGACCUACUGGCUCUGUGAGAAUAUCAUUUGGCUUUAUGUCUACAUAUGAAGAUGCUCAAGUAUUUUUACAUUUUAUCAUAGACACCUUCAUGAAAAGUUCAUCACAGAACAAAGAGCACAUGCUGGAUAUUGAAAAGUUUUCAAGAAUCGGGUUCUCAAAUACAGAGGAGAAAAGCAAAGGUUUCAAUAGGAAAAUCACAGAAGGUGCAACUUACACCCUGAACCAUCUAGCUUCCAGUUUUUCUACAGUGGAAAGUACUUGUUCAUGCAAAGGCAAGAGUACCAUGACAACAAAUAACAAGGCAAUCACUCUUAGUCAUAUCUACCUUUAUCCCAUUAAAUCAUGUGCAGCCUUCCAGGUCACCCAGUGGCCUGUGGCAGAACAAGGUCUACUUUUUGAUCGUAAUUGGAUGGUUGUGACUGAAAAUGGAGUUUGCCUGAGUCAGAAGCAAGAACCACGAUUGUGUCUUAUUCAUCCGUCAAUAGACCUGACACUUAACAUUCUGAUAAUUCAAGCAAAUGGCAUGUCUCCUAUAGAAAUACCACUGAAUGAUGAGAGCAAUGUCCCAGCUCAAGUAUGUCUAAAUAAAGUUUGUGGAGAUAGAGUUCACACAUACGAUUGUGGAGAAGAGAUAGCAGAAUGGGUUUCUCAUUUUCUUGCUCGUAAAUGUCGUUUAAUAAGGCAGUUAUCAAGUUCCAAUCGCUAUGCAGGUGCAAAGAAAAAAGGUUUUGUAGAUGCAUCUUCGCCCUCACUCUCUUUAGUCAAUGAAGCCCAGUAUCUUCUUGUAAACGCUGCAAGUAUUUAUGAACUAAGUCUACAAAUUCCAUUAAGAGAGGAGACAGACCAUACUGAAGGAUUGAAUAUUGAUCAGCUGACCCAAAGCUUUCGAGCCAACCUGGUCAUUGAUAGCAAAAUACCUUUUCAAGAAGAGGAGUGGACGGAACUUUUCAUUGGAUGUUUGCACUUUCAGGUGUCACACAAAUGUACCAGAUGUCAAAUAAUUUGUAUUAAUCAGAAAACUGGUGAAAAAAGGAGAGAAAUACUUCAAACCCUCUUAUCCAGCAGAGAUGGAAAGACUACUUUUGGGAUGUACCUUCAGAAUUCGCCAUGUUCAUCAUACCCAUGUUUGCUCUCAGUGGGCACUGAUGUAUCAUUUACAUUUAAGGAGACAACACAGAGCACUGCACUAAACAAGGAAGAAAUCUUGGAGAACUAAUGAUACCCAGAUCACACCUAUUCAGCACAAGAAUGAAUAUCUACUUAUUAAGUUAUGCUGAAUGUAAAAUAAGUUAUACUGUACACUCUGUUAAUAAGAAAUAGCAACUUUGUGUCUGGAAAAAACCAUCGGCCAUGCAAGGGGAGCAAAUACAUUUUAUAUGUUUUCUGUGCAGGGUAAAUACCGGCUACAGUACUUUAGCAUGCAGUCCACAAAUGAUAGACAGCUUUAUUUUUACACUGUAAUUGAGAUUUCAGUUUGAAUACACCCCACCCAAAUCAAAACCUCUCUGCACAUGUUCCAUCCCCGCUCAGCCCCCCCCCCCCCCCCCCCACACACACACCCCCAGCCCCCCCACCCCACCCCCAGUUGCUUGCUUUUUUGCAAAUCAGAAUCAGGAAAAGUAGGUGAAAAUGUUAAUUUUCAUUUACUUUUAGUAGAAUGUAAUGGAUUAUGAAUAAACCCCUUUGUUUUAAAUAUGAUGAUCAGGGGCAAAUGCAGGAUUUAGUGAGGGAGGUUUCUGUGUGUAUGUGUGUGCAUAUAUUAUAUAUAGUAGCUUGGCAGUCGCGAUUAUGUGAUCACAGUAGCAGCGUUUAGUCUCCGUCUCAAAAUUUUAAAAUUUGGCUCAUCAGGG